AUGAAAUUCACUUUUGCUUUUUUCGCCUUUUCCGAGGCCUGCAACGAUCUGCUACCGUCAGAACAGUGCGAUAACGCCUGCAUCGCUGACUUCCUCAGUUGCCAAUCUGCCUGUACGACUGAUGACUGUAACCUCCAAUGCGAUAGUCAGUACAAAGCCUGCUUCAACAACUGCCCUUGUGGCCGUUCCUGCCCAAAGGGCUGCGAAGAUUGCCCUAGUGAAUAUUGCUACGACCCGGCGAAACAAACAGUCGUUCUCGGCCAACGAUAUGAUCAAACAGAGCUGACUGCUUCUUAUUUAGUUGGAGAAAACUCAAUUUCUCAGGUUGAUGCUUUUUCGCCAGGGAAAAACACAAUUUACAGCACUGGAGGGGUCUAUUUCAAGGGCGAGUUUUGGGUCUUUGGGGGCUACCCAGAUGGAAAUAAAAUUUCGAUCCUCCGCGGCUGCAAUUUCGAGGAACAAACUUCGCGGCUCGUGAACUAUUUCAGCUCAGAGCUUCAUUCGGCGACGGUUUUCAAUGAAGAAGUCUGGCUCUGUUUUGGCGAUGGCUUUACUUGCGAAGUCUUCGAUGGCGAAUCGAAUGGACUUGACGAUGUGAAAGUUAGCUUCGAGCGUUCAUAUGGCGCAUCUAUUACCGUCUACGAUAAUCAACUGAUUGCUGUUGGAGCAAGUAACGAUGGUGGACGAGGAAAAGUUGAGCUUCGGGGCGAUCAGUGGAGGGAGAUCGAUGACCAUCCAAUCGACAUUGGUUACACCUCCGUGAUUUCCUUCAAAACCGGAAUCUUAACCGUCGGUGGUACGACCAACAGAGUUGAUGACAACAACGAGGACGGAUACGACACUGUUAAGGGCAUCUACUCGCUCAUCGACUUUACCUGGUCUCAUGUCGGAAAUCUUCAGCAUGGGAAUAUGCUCGGAAAAGCAGCCCUCAACGGAAACGAACUCCUCUUUGUUCCGGGAUUAAAAGAACCCUGGGUGGCUCAAAAACUCAUCUGGAACGGCGAAUCAUUCGAUUACAAAGAAAGCUACGAAACGGGCAUGGAAGGAUAUGUCACUUUCCCCCUUUUAUUUGAUGCCACUAUGACUUCCUGCAGUUUGAAUUAA